AUGGCCGACGUAUUUUUGAGUUUCUUCCGGACUUCCUUGCCCGAUGAACUUGCGGCGGUAAUCGAGACUACCAUCAAGGCGACCGAAUCAGGGGACUUUCAGUCUGUGCUUCAAUCCCCAGAAGCGCAGAUAUUAUUAGGCCAUCAGGACGACGAAACUACCAAAAAUGUUAAGAGGAGCGAUUUUGGACUGUGGAGCGACUACGUUUUCCAUCGCCUUGGAUUGAUAUUAUCAAAGCGAAAGGAGGAAGAAUCUACUCCCACAAACGAAACUGCGCUUUAUCGACAGCAUGUCUACUUCUUGAUCGCAGUCGCUGCGUUGCAUGCGUUCCUACAAUCAAAUGUUACGGGACCACCACUACCAUUUAAGUCGGCUGAAGUGCUGCUACCAAAGGAUAUCGCAGAUGACGCCAAAGCCCUGGCUAAAACGCGCGGAGAACUUGUAACAUCAUUGAACGCCGACGGUGUUGCAGCGUAUCGACUUACUCCCAACAUUGAGCUGCUUUGCUUGGCGGACACCAUUCUCAUCAGCCCUCCUAUCCAGAAGAACAUUCCAAUCUCAGUAUGGGCCAGACUAAGGACCAAUUUCAUCCACCAAAGACUGCUCAGUGAGGCUGCACCAAGCCUACAGGACGCAAUCUACGACAACCUCAAGGGUGUAGAAGACUUGAUCCAGAGCUCAGGGAAGAUCAACGAGAUCAAGGAUUUGCACACCACAUUUUUGCUUGAGCGUGCGGCUAUCCAUACACACCACGGUCUCGACAAGAAGGCGAGAGCAGAUCUCGACCAAGCAGCUUCUGAGCGCAAGUUUGAAUUUGCACUGACUGGUUUGAUGGGCAAGAGAACAAAAUUUCAGCAAAAAGACACAAGUCAAUUGAUCGUGCUUGCUCGAAGCGCGGGAUCACAAGCUAGUGGUACAUCAGAAGAAACCUCGAAGCCCAAGAAACUGGAUCUGAACGACGACACACUACUUGAGUCCAUAUCCUUUACAAACGACGCUGUAUCUACCGAGAUCAAAGACGAAUCAGAAAUCCCCGCAUCUCUUCAAUCCAUAGACCCGUCAAACCAACCACUGCUCGAUCCACUCGACUCAGUCAUUAUGCUUUCGCUGGCUGAAAGCAUCAAGAACACCAACCCUGCAGACGGCCUUACACGUGAGCAAACGGAGCCGUACGCAACACGAGUGCUCGAAGGCGGAAGUUCCAACUGGCAAGUUUACACUCAGGCUCUUCUCGUGCGCAGUCGUAUUGAGGGUUACAAGCCGCGUACUAUGGAACGAGGCUUGCUCCAACUGCAAGCACUUGUCGAUCAAGUUAUUGUGGAGACUUCGGGCGAUUCUACUACAGAUGCUGAGACGGGUCAGAAGGUUACUUCUUUCCUGCCACAAGCAAAGCAGGAAGAGUCAGCAUCUGUUGAAGAGCGGAUACGCUAUAUCUUUCCGCUCUGCUCGCCUUCGCGAUGGGAACUCGAGUCCGAACUUGCAGCUCGCUGGGUUGCACUGGGUGGUCUACGAUCUGCCCUUGAAAUCUACGAGAGAUUGGAACUAUGGGCUGAAGCAGCACUUUGCUAUGCUGCUACUGAGAAGGAAGACCGAGCGCGAAAGAUCAUCAGAAGGCAGCUUUUCCACGCCACCAACGGCGACGAGAACGUGGAUCUGGACGCAGAGAAGUGGGAAGGAGCAGAACGAGAUCCACCACCAGCCGAAGCACCACGCUACUACUGCAUCCUAGGCGACAUUGACAAAGACCUCUCCCUCUACGAAAAAGCCUGGGAAGUAUCUGGAAAACGCUAUGCUCGUGCCCAACGCUCUCUCGGCCAACGCUACAUCGCAGCCCGCGACUACGAAAAAGCAGCAGAAGCCUACUCCCUCUCCUUGAAAAUCAACGCCCUCCACCACCCCGCCUGGUUCGCCCUCGGCUGCGCCCGCCUCGAACUCCACGAAUUCAAAAACGCAGUCGAAGCCUUCUCACGCUGCGUCCAGCUCGACGACCAAGACGCAGAAGCGUGGAGUAACCUCGCAGCUUCACUAUUGCACCUACGCCCCAAGGUCAACACCGAGAGUGAAAACGGCGAAGUAUCAGAAAAUAAAGUGACGAACCACCCGCGCACCGAUGCACUCAAAGCAUUCAAGCGCGCAGCAACAAUCAAACACGACGACUACCGCAUCUGGAACAACGUCCUCGCCGUCGCCACAUCGACGAAUCCUCCCUCGUGGCAAGACGUCAUCACCGCCCAACGCCGCAUCUGCGAGCUGCGAGGCCAGACGGACGGCGAAAAAUGCGUAGACGCUGAGAUCCUGAAUAUGCUCGUCAAACACGUUGUUUCGAGUGAAGAAGGAUUCGAUACUUCGCGCCCGGGUCUCGCACGCAUGACGAAUGAUCUCAUUGAAAAACACGUCAAGCCGCUCAUUACAGUCUCCCCGCAACUCUGGAUCAUUCUCGCAACGCUGUACACGCACACGCAGCGUCCGGCGUCGGCGCUCGAGUGCCACGAGAAGGCGUGGCGGGCCGUGACGUCGCAGCCGCGGUGGGAGUCUAGCACGGAGGCUGAGUGGAAUGCUGUGGUGGAUAUGACGGUGGAUCUGGUGGAUGCGUAUGAGACUUUGGGUCCUCGGGAGCGGACGGAGGGACUGAGUGCGGGCAGUGGGGAGGUGGUGGCUAAGGAUUGGAAGUUUAAGAGUCGCAGUGCGGUGAGGAGUGUUAUGGGGAAGGGCAAGGAGAAUUGGGAGGAUACGGCUGGGUGGGAGAAGUUGGUGGAGAGGUUGGAGGAGUUGAAGGCGAGGGAUUAG